AUGAGCCCAGCCAAACUCCCCUCCACGGCGGUGAACACACUGACCUCACACACUGGGCCCGUCAACGCCAUCUCCUACUCCUCGCUCGGCGGCACCUACAUCCUGACCGGCUCUUCGGACCGCCAAGUGCAUCUGUCGCGUAGUGAGCCCACCAACCCCGAGAAACCGUCCGGCGCAAUCCAGAAAUACGCGGCGCAUGGCUACGCCGUGCUAGACAUCGCGGUGUCGCAUGACAACCAGACAUUCGCAAGCGUUGGAGGCGACAGAAGCGUGUUCCUCUGGGACGUACAAAACGCGGACGGCACGGUGCGGCGUUUCGGGAGCAACACCAACCAAGGGCAUACCAGCCGAAUCACGUGCGUUGCAUUCGCGGGAGACGGGGACGGUGUAAUUGUCAGUGGGAGCGACGAUCGGACGCUGCGGCUGUGGGACGUCAAGAGCCGAGAUGCGAAGCCGCUGCUGGUGCUGGAGGAGGCGAAGGACGGGGUUUCGAGCUUGCUGGUCCCGGAUAAUGGAUAUGAGAUUGUCGCGGGUAGUAUCGAUGGGAGACUGAGGGGCUAUGAUGUCCGGAUGGGUAGGGUCACGGUCGAUGUGCAGCCAGGCCCCGUGACAAGUCUGGAUCUCUCGAGGGAUGGUAAGACGAUUCUCGUGGGCUGUCUCGAUGGCAGGAUCCGCAUGAUGGAUCGUACGGAUGGGACUUGCUUGAGAGCGUUCCCUCCCGAGGGGAAUGCUGAGGGCUAUCUGAAUGAUGGUCUACGGCUGAAAAGCUGUUUUGCUGUCAAUGAAAGUCUGGUCUUGAGCGGCAGUGAAGCUGAUGGCAAAGUACACGGGUGGGAUGUUCUUUCCGGCAAGAAUAUUGGCAGUAUCGAUCUUAACAAGAACCGCAAAGUCAUCAGUGUUGUCAAAUGGCGAGAAGGAAGUCAGGCUCAGGGGAGACAAGGGCUGCUGGCAGCUGGUGGUGCUGAUGGGGUGGUUAAGGUUUAUUCUCAGGGCUGA